AUGACUACGUUUUCAUUCGAUAAGAAGCUUCUUCUUCCUCUCUCUCUCUCUCCCCUCCCCAUCCGCUUCUCUCUCCACCCCCAUCCGCUUCUCUCUCUCUCCCUCUCCCUCUCCCUCUCACUCUCCCUCUCCCUCUCCCUCUCUCACUCUCUAUCUCUCUCCCUCUCUUUCGAUCUAUUUCAUUUCUCCUUUUUUGUUCUUCCGUUUCCUUUCCAAAUUUUCCAUUUGAUUUUUUUCAUAUUUCUUAAUUUUCAUUUACUUUACUUUCUUUAUUUUCAAUUUUUUAUUUUUAUUGGAUUUUUCUUGAUCCAUUUUCUCUCUUUUUCAUUUUUGUUCCAUCCUAACAUAGAGAAUAAUCACCUUUUUCUUUAUUUAUCUUUCCCUCUUUUUAUAUCUUACACUCUUUUCUUUCUUCGUUAUUUUUUCUUCACUAUUUUCCUUUUUCUUUUUCCUUGCCUUCUUUAUUUUUCACUUCGUUUUCUUUACUUGACUUUCCUCUUUCCUUUUUACUCUUUGCCUUUUUUUUCUUUUAUUUUUUGCUAUUCUUCAUUCUGGUUCCUUUUUUUCUUUGUCUAUUUUUGUUCUUUUCCUCUUUGCUAUUUUUUUCAUUGUUACCAUUUCUUUCUUUGUUUUCUUCUCUUAUUUGCCCUUGUGUCUUUUUCUCUCAUUUUAUUGGCUCUGUAUUUUUACUUCUUUUCUUUCUUCUAA